CAGAUAUCCACGUCAACAUCCACUGCGAUACCAUCGCCCAAUCUCUCGCCCAUUGAGAGAUCCAUUGUCGACGGAAUGAUUCCCCCGCGAGGAUUGAUUUUGCUAUACUAGUCAAUAGCACGCGAAAAAGAAACAACAAGAAGAAAAAGAAGACAAAAUACACACGCGCGCGCACACACACACACUCACACACUCACACAUACAUACAUACAUACAUACAUACAUACACAUACCGCCCCUCUCUACCUACCUAACCUAUACUGCCCACCACACUCUACUUCUCUUUUUCCCGCCUGGCUCCGCUUCUUUUUGCGAAUAACUCUGGGUCUUCCUCCCAGCCCGACCAAAACCCUGACUCGAACUGCUCAGCAAGACGAACUAAGGCAGUACGAAUCCUCCUCGCCUUACCACGUCCGUCGUCGUCCCCUUCUCGAUCGAAAAUCUGCGUGUCGUCGGCUUGUCUUACACGCCCACUAUGACGAGGCUGCCGCCCGACUCCUUCUUACCAUCAGGUGCGAUGGACGCCGACCUUCACCUGUCGCUGGCUGGCUUUGCUGCUGCUGCUACUGCUGGUGGUGGUUGCAGCCAUCCGUCCUUACCAUCCUCCUCCUCCGUCAUCUCUCCCUUGAGCCUACCCGGUGGCGUCCAGUACUUCGAGCCUAUGACGCACCCUUCCGUGACGAGCCACCCAAACGCAUUUCAAAACCACACUUGGUCUCCUCCUCCUGUCAUAAACAACAGCAACCCAACCAGUACAGGUCCUCCUCAAGCCCAACCUACGAGUUUCCUCUCGCCGCACCUAACACCUAUUCCGUCACACGCCCAGUACCAAUUACAAUUCCAACGGCACCCACAGCAGCGUGCCUCAAGCCUGUCCCCAACCAGGGGUCCUUCUCACAGGAGUCGAAACGGCGCAGGGGAGAGGAAGACGGACAUAGACAUUGAUAUCGCGAGCUUGAGGGGUCGCCCCGCGCCACAGGUCUCGGUCCCCGUCGACACCAUCUCAGGCACCGGUUCCGGCCUGAUCACUGUACGCCGCCCUGCUGUGCGUGUGAAUCCCACCGUCGACUAUGUAAUGGCUGCCGAUCAUCAGUCUUCAGCAGCCAUGGAGCAGGAUUACCGGAGGCUAGAGAAAAUCAGGCAAGCCUUUGAUGAUGAGAGGAGACACCUACAAGCAAGUCGCGACAGGGCCGAGGAGGUCUACAGGGAGAUCAUAGAUGAGCUGGCCGAGGACCACGCCCGACAGAGAGCCCAGUGGGAGGCCGACAAGUUUGAGUUGCAGUCGCAGGUUAUGCAGCUGCAGAGUCGACUCAGGGAACUCGAAAAGGUUGCCUCCGACCCCAGAUCGCCCACAUCUCAGUCUGGCAUGUCCGCCGUCUUCAGCCCUACGGGUCAGAUUGGCCUUUCACACCCCUUGAUCGGUCGCGACGGCAAUCCACUGGACGCAUCAUCUCCAUCAACAGCAGCAGCAGCAGCAGCAGCAGCAGCAGCAGCAGCAGCAGCCAUGACGGCGGAAUUCGAACGGCCGUCCAAAGUCAUCGACGUGCAGGAGUAUCACAAGGACCUGGAGGGAAUCCACCUCAAGGAGAACUUUGUCAAGAAGGAGACCUUCACCGACACACCGUCGGCCUCGGGCUCGGGCUCAGGCUCAGGCUCCAAGUCGCCUAGCAGCGGAGGGUCGCCCCCUCAGCGUCCAGAAGACACCAAGGCCCUGGCCAGAGCACGGUCCAUCCGCGCCCUCAGGGCAGACGCGCAUUCGCGGCUCACAAUGAAUGCUGGUCAUACUCCGACUAUCUCGCUGUCCAUUGCCCACACCGGAGCUACCAACACAGUCGUUAGCAGCGGAUCGAACACACCCACACUUCUGAGCGGAGACGGCGCCCUGAGCUCUGACGAGAACGAAUACAGGGAUGAGUCUAGCGAACCCGCCGAGCCUGUCCCGACGGGCGUGGACGAUGACCAUGCCCCGGCCAUCCUGGAGCCCUCCGACGGGGAUGCCGAGCUCAAGGGCCCACUGACACUUCGCAACAUGCCUGCGAAGGACGAGCUCUUUCUCAAGCGGCUGGACGACAAGCUCGAGAAGGCCGCCCAUGGUGAGGAUGCCACUCCGACCGUUCUCAAGUACUCGGAUGACGAGGAAGACGACGAGCCGGGCUCCGCCAAGGAGGUGGAAGAAGUCAUCCCCUUGAAGCUGAAAAACACGUCUUCCAACUUUGGCAAGCCCUUUGGGGUCGCCUAAAGAGGCGCGCCCGAUGACCUACAUUUGCUUUCCUGUACAUACUUUAUUAGUCCUGCCCAAAUUUUGUUUUGGAGAUCCCCAAUCAGCGGAGAUGGAACGCCAUGAGAGCGUCUCAAUCAUGAGGACAAGAUUGCCAUUUUGGAAGGAAAAAGACAUUUACAAAAAGUAUGGGAGUUCAGGGUCUGAUUGGCCUUUCGGAAAAGGCCAUGGGAGCGCACUGGACCAUUCACGUUGAAAAUACCCCCUUUUUUCCUUUUUUUUUCUUCUUCUUUGAAAUCAGAAUAGAUGACACGACGAAUACCCCCUUCAUGCACGGCUUUUUAUUGGGCUUUUGCGACAGAACAAUUUACAUUUUUACAUCU